UUAUUUUUUUUAUUUCGUUGAAUCUGGAGUUUUGAAUUUGGCUUUAAUUGGGUGGUUUCUGUUAAGAACGCUCGUUGUACUAACGCCAUCUCGUGUGACGUGAUAAUAUAUUAGACGUAGAAAUGCAAAAAAUAAACUUAGAUGAUGUUUACCAAAGAUUUUUCAAGUCAUAUAAAAAAGCACAUGCCAACAAGAAAAGUGAUAACGUACAAAAAGAUGCAAAUCUUGUAUGGACCGAAGCAAAAGCUCGAUACGGCACUGAUACAAACGGAUUCAGUACUUUUAUACAACAACGUAUAAACCAUUACGACACUCAAGAUAAAAAAAGAAAAGUUGGCUUAUUGUCAUAUUUUAGUAAGAAUAAUUAUAACCUAGUCAAUCAAAAGAAAGAGUCUGAAAUCGUUACAAAAAUGAUAACUAAUUUGGCUCCUAACCAUGAUAAUACUCCUCUUCCUAUUGCAAAAAGCAUCGAUGUUGAGUGCACUGUUGGAAAUAGUAUAUCUUCACCAAAAGCUUAUAAAAAAACACACAAAGCUCCAGCUCAAGAUGAGGCCGCUGAAAAAAUUACAAGUUUAAAGUACAAAUUGAACAUUCAGCUUUUAGCUCGAGAUACUGAUCUAGGAGGAGAUACGUCACUAAAUGAUAUUAAAAAAACCAAAAAUGAACUAGGUAUAGCCAAACAGAAUUUGAUAAGAAAACAAAAAAAUGCCAAUUACCAGAAAAAAUUCAGAGCUGCUCGAAAAAACAAGCUGAAAUUGAUAUGUGAGUCUAAUGUGGCUGCAGCUUCAAUUUUGAAAUUAAAAAAAAAUGCUGGGAGACCGCGCAUCGAAGAGGAGCAGCCGAUUUUGUUACAAACUAUUAUGGAAAUAGCUUCUUUCGGAGGUGCAACGCACGAUCGUCGCCGCACAGAUGAAAUAAGAGCAUGUAAAACUCUCGAUGAGUUGCAUACAAAGCUUUUGGAAGAAGGUUUCAAUUUAUCUAGAAGCGCUACGUAUUUGCGACUUCUUCCGCGAAAUUCUAAUACCACCGAAGGAAAAAGACACGUAACAACCGCUCCCGUGAAAUUAUGCCGAGCUCAAAAUGAUAGCCAUAAAGCUCAUCUCGAUAGUCGGUUUUGUACAGCUUCAAUACGUGCUUUAGAAUCGCUAGCUUCUGCUCUUGGACCGAAACAAGUUGCAUUUAUUUCACAAGAUGAUAAGGCACGUGUGCCUAUUGGUCUAAAAGCGGCGCAGAAACAAUCGCCUAUCCUAAUGCAUGUAGAGUACAGAGUAAAGCUUCCCGAUCACGAUUUUAUUGUAUCAGAAGGACACAAACUAAUCCCAUCAGUUUAUGCAGGUAUAGUAAUUAAUAGACCGCAAGGACUAGGAGAUCCUGAAGCAGUGAGUUACUCGGGGCCAACUUAUAUUGCCAUAAGAAGUGGAAAACACGAUAAAUCGACUGCUGCUAGCCAUGCCGCAGAUUUUGAGCGCCUNUAA